UCACAGUCUCAGGCACCAUUUAAAGUUAAACUUCGAUGCUCUAAAGCAUGUUAUCUUGAUAUAUGAUAGCCGGUCAUAUACAGUCGCUCUUCAGUAGCUCGAAUUAAUAAAAGGAGAGAGAAAAAAACAAGUUUAGCAGAAAUACAACUUUUGGCAAUGGAUGCCAUGAGUGCUGUGUCCUGGUCGACGGGGCAGUAGUACAUUGUGUCGGUUCGGAUUGUGAACGCCUUCAUCUUAUUUCGGCAACAGAGUCCCUUGCAACAAUGAGCAUCCUAGGCCUGGCGCGGAGGGCGGUCCGCGUGGAGAGAGGUAUCGGUCUCCGGCUGCUGGCGAGGGCGACGUCGACCUCCGCCUCGGGACACCAGACUCACGACGUCGCCGUCGAAGGCGUGAGAGUGAGGCCGCGCCCCUUGUCCGAGGUCCCCGGUCCGCCCAUCUUCCCCUUGAUGGGCUCCGUCCCGUUCAUGAUGAUGUACAGAGAGUUCUACGAGGAUAAGAUCCACCAGAUUUUCUUCAAGAUGAUAGACCAAUACGGCCCGAUUGUCCGCUUCAAGAUGCCUAAUUGGGCCCCUGGCGUGCUCGUGUCCCGACCGGAGGACAAGGAGACCGUCCUCAGAGCCACGAAGAACAACCCCAUCAGGAAUGCGCUCACGUCCCUCAAGAAGAUCAGAGACGAAACGAACGACAAUUUCUUCGAUAAGAACGGGGGACUUCUGACUGAGCAGGGAGAGAAGUGGUGGCGGGUGCGUAGGGCCGUCCAGACACCAAUGAUGAAACCCAAGAACGUCGAUGCUUAUAUGCCGGAGGUCGACGCUGUUACGCUGCAGUUUAUGGACAGGAUAGCAAUGCUCCAGCAAGAAUUUGGCGAAAUGCCUCACAACUUCCUUCAAGAGAUAUACAAAUGGGCUUUCGAAGCGGUGUGCGUGGUGGCGCUUAACCGGCGCAUGGGCUGCCUGGACCCGAACCUCAGCGCCGACUCGGAGCAGGUGAGGAUCAUCCGAAUCGUCGGCGACCUCUUCAGAACCCUCCACGAGGCUGAGUUCACGGGCCCGCUCUGGAGGAUUUACCCGACGCCCACUUUCAAGAAGUUGAAGCGCAUGCACCAGGAGCUCCUCGAGAUGGCCCUGACCAACAUCAAAGCCACUGAAGCCGCCCUGAAGAAGGAACUGGAGAAGCCCGGUGCGGAGGACAGGGACCUUACCCUGAUGGAACAGUUGUUGCUCAGGCCCGAACUCAGCCACAAGGACGUCGUCACCUUGAUUAUUGAUAUGAUUUUCGCCGGUAUUGACACGAUCUCUCACUUCAUUAGCUUCGCCCUCUACCUCCUGGCGAAGAAUCCUGAAGCACAAAGGAGGCUUCAGGAGGAGGUGGACCGGGUACUGAAGGACAAUCCUGAAACCCUCACUCCAUCCCACACCUCGAAAUUAUCAUACCUCAAGGCCGUGACGAAGGAGACUUUCAGGGUAUUUCCUGUGUCAAUUGCUGUCUUGAGGGAGCUUGACACUGACGUCGUGUUAUCAGGAUACCAUAUUCCAAGAGGCCACAUAGUUCUGAUGAUGAACUACGAGGACACCCAGAAGGAAACAGCUUUCCCGCGGCCGCGCGAGUUCCUGCCGGAGCGCUGGCUUCGGGGGAACGAGCUCGCCGCGUCCCACGCCUUCGCGCUCUUGCCCUUCGGUGUCGGGACCCGGAUGUGCGUCGGCCGGCGUCUCGCGGAGCAGGAGAUCUACGUCUUCCUGGCGAGGGUGAUGCAGAGAUACAAUUUGAAUUACAACUACGGUGACAUGGACAGCAAGAUGCAGCUUUCCCUGAAGCCCGCAAAGCCCCUGAGGUUUUCAUUCACGGAGCGACGCCCUUAGGAGAGAAGAAGGCACAACGAAGAGAACAUGUAAAUAAUAGUAGGGAUAAUAAAAGAGUAAUAGUUAUAGAAUGUGUAUGUAACAUAAGAAUCAAUAUGCUCACGUUAAUGCGCUCUGUCUCAUAAUUGUUCUGCAUGAACGUGAACAUAUCGAUGCUCAUGCUAUAGAUGAAAGUUUAGAUUAACAUAACAACUAAUAAACGUAAUUACAGCAAAAUAGUCUGAGAAUACCUCCCGACGCGUAAACCUUCCUUUAGUCAGUGAUUACAACAAAGACUACUACUAUUCAUAUCAAUACUGUCAUGACUACUAUUAUUAGAGCUUUUUGUCUAGAUUUUGCGGUGUCGUUAUUUUCUUUCUUUUUUUAGGAUCAAACGUCGGCGCUGUCUGUUCUAGUUUCCCGAUUUUAUGUAAAACGAAGUCGGACAUAAGGUACAGUAAAACAAAAAAACAAAUGCCAAUCCUGUACACAUUAAAGAAAACCGUCAGUUAACAAAUAUUUGCGGAAUAAGUUUGUACAAUCGGCAUUAUUGCAUUUUGAGAUCAUUGUAGUCUUGUUGAUUGAAAACACCAGCGUGUCUGAGAGUACUUCGAACGUCACUCAUCACUUCAAAAACCUUUAUAAUCAACUUUGAUUUUUCUUAUAAUAUUUGCACUCUUUAUGAUAUUUUUUUUCACUUAUUUAAGAGCGGAUAUUGUUCUACAGCUAAACUGUAUAAACUAUUAAGAAAUGUAUAUGCCUAACUAUAUAUGUAAAAAUAAGAAAUGUAAAAUUACGAUGAUCUUCAGAGUUCCACUGAUCAAUGAGCAACUUUGUUUCAAACGUUUAUAGCUAAAAUGCCAUUGCAUACACACGCACACUUACUGGCCUAUGUGUGCUAAUCUGAUGCGGGGGGUCCACAUUGUAUAAGGCAGUGUAAAACAUUCACAUUUAUUUAUUCUCAUAUUAAAGGUAAAUUGAUAAAGGGAUAAAGGGAUAAGGCUAAUGUUAAGGUAGCCAAUCAGAUAUGGAUAAUAUUGUUAAUAAAUUUAUGUAAAAAAUGGCAUUCCUUAUUGUUUUUU